GAGGAGUGCUUCCGCCCUUUCUUCACUUGGAGCUCUCGCUCCACCCCUGCUCCUUCUUCUGCUAUUCCCGCGAAUGCUCCUUCCACUUGGCCACUGUUAUUGUAAACACGUACACGUGUACUCUGUAUAUAUAUAUAUCUAUAUAUAAAGGCGUUCGCCCCCUAUCUUUUAGAAGAAUAGACAUGGAGUCACAUGAAUAUAUAUCCUUUUCGCUAUAGGCAUCUGGGCGUACACCACAUAAAUUCUCUAUUAAAUUCUUUAUAGAAUAAUAUAUAUUUUAUAUUAUAACAUGCCAUGUUAUUUUUCCCAGGAAGGGCCCAGUCAUGGCUAGCUCUACUCUUGGGGGAAUAAUCCCCAUUCUCUAUUUUUCAGAAAGAGCGUGCCCCAGCUUCCCCUAUUCUUUAGAAAGAACAUGGCUCAGUCAUGGCCAGCUUUAUAUCUCCUAUUCUUCACAGAGGCAUGGGCCAGCAUCCUCCAUUCCUCGACAGGGCAGCCCGCCAUAUUUUCAUGGAGGGAAACGCCAGCAUCCCUCUAUUUCUUCCCCGAGACAUAUAUUAGCCAUGUAGGGCCACUGCCACUCUUUUCGUGCUGGACAGUGAGAAUCGUGAGUCAAUCAUGCCUAUUUUAUGUGAAAAGUUUGAUUACACCAUCUUCUGAGACCAUGAGACAAUGUGCUGGCACAGAGCUUACUUCUGGAACAUCAUCACUAGACUCUAGAUCCCCCAGUCAAAACAAGUUACAGAUGUUCCAUCCAUCCUCGUAGGAAUGAUAGCAAACAAAGCAUCUGCAUUGAGUGUUUCUGGCAUGUACAUAGACAAACAAUUCAUAAACUGCUAGUCC